GGCCCGCUGGUGUGACGUGUCCCGCGCUUGGCGCAGCAGGAAGCGGCGGCGGUCGCGGCCCGAGUUCCCGGUGCCGGCCUCGGCCCCAAGACCUCUCCCGCUGCCGCCAUGCUCGACUUCUUCACCAUCUUCUCCAAGGGCGGGCUUGUGCUCUGGUGCUUCCAGGGCGUGAGCGACUCGUGCACCGGGCCCGUGAACGCAUUGAUUCGUUCCGUACUGCUGCAGGAACGGGGAGGUAACAACUCCUUUACUCAUGAGGCCCUCACACUCAAGUAUAAAUUGGACAACCAGUUUGAGCUGGUGUUUGUGGUUGGGUUUCAGAAGAUCCUAACACUGACCUACGUAGACAAAUUAAUAGACGAUGUGCACCGGCUGUUUCGGGACAAGUACCGCACAGAGAUCCAACAACAAAGUGCUUUAAGUUUAUUGAAUGGCACUUUUGAUUUCCAAAAUGACUUCCUGCGGCUUCUUCGUGAAGCAGAGGAGAGCAGUAAGAUCCGUGCUCCCACUACCAUGAAGAAAUUUGAAGAUUCUGAAAAGGCCAAGAAACCUGUGAGAUCAAUGAUUGAAACACGGGGGGAAAAGCCCAAAGAAAAAGCAAAAAACAGCAAAAAAAAGGGAGCCAAAAAGGAAGGUUCUGAUGGCCCUUUGGCUACCAGCAAAACAGCCCCUGCAGAAAAGUUAGGUCUCCCACUGGGGUCUGAGAAUGGAGAACUUUCCAAAGAGGAGCUGAUACGAAGGAAGCGAGAGGAGUUCAUUCAGAAGCACGGGAAGGGUCUGGACAAAUCCAGCAAGUCCACAAAGUCAGAUGUUCCAAAGGAGAAAGGCAAAAAAGCACCUCGGGUGUGGGAACUAGGUGGCUGUGCUAACAAGGAAGUCUUGGAUUAUAGUACUCCCACCACCAACGGAACCCCGGAGGCUGCCCUGUCUGAGGACAUCAAUUUGAUUCGAGGAACUGGGCCUGGGGGGCAGCUUCAAGAUCUGGAUUGCAGCAGCUCAGAUGAUGAAGGGACCACUCAAAACUCCACUAAACUUAGUGCUACCAAAGGGACUCUGGGUGGCAUGUUUGGGAUGCUGAAGGGCCUUGUGGGUUCCAAGAAUUUGAGUCGUGAAGACAUGGAAUCUGUGCUGGACAAGAUGCGCGAUCAUCUCAUUGCUAAGAAUGUGGCUGCAGAUAUUGCUGUCCAACUCUGUGACUCUGUUGCCAACAAGUUGGAAGGGAAAGUGAUGGGGACCUUUAGCACGGUGACUUCCACAGUCAAGCAAGCGCUACAGGAGUCCCUGGUACAGAUUCUGCAGCCACAGCGUCGUGUAGACAUGCUCCGGGAUAUCAUGGAUGCUCAGCGUCGCCAGCGCCCUUAUGUUGUCACCUUCUGUGGUGUUAACGGAGUGGGGAAAUCUACUAAUCUUGCCAAGAUUUCCUUCUGGCUUUUAGAGAAUGGCUUCAGUGUUCUCAUUGCUGCCUGUGAUACUUUCCGUGCUGGGGCUGUUGAGCAGCUUCGUACACACACCCGGCGUCUGACAGCCCUACACCCUCCUGAGAAGCAUGAUGGCCGCACGAUGGUGCAGUUAUUUGAAAAGGGCUAUGGCAAGGAUGCUGCUGGCAUUGCCAUGGAAGCCAUUGCCUUUGCACGUAACCAAGGCUUUGAUGUGGUGCUGGUGGACACAGCUGGCCGAAUGCAAGACAAUGCCCCUCUGAUGACUGCCCUGGCAAAACUCAUUACUGUCAAUACACCUGACUUGGUGCUGUUUGUUGGGGAGGCCUUGGUUGGCAAUGAAGCCGUGGACCAGCUGGUCAAAUUCAACAGAGCCUUGGCUGACCAUUCUAUGGCUCAAACACCUCGGCUCAUUGAUGGCAUUGUUCUUACCAAGUUUGACACCAUUGAUGACAAGGUGGGAGCUGCUAUUUCUAUGACAUAUAUCACAAGCAAACCCAUCGUCUUUGUGGGCACUGGCCAGACCUACUGUGACCUUCGCAGUCUCAACGCCAAGGCCGUGGUGGCUGCCCUCAUGAAGGCUUAACAUGGCUCUUGCCUAAUACCAAAUCGUUGCUUGCCCUAAGCCCCCGUUCCCUGUCAAGAAUGUGCUGUAGAGUAUGUGAGCAACUUUAUCUUCAGUGUAAUAAAAAAGCAGAGUGAGGGGAGCUCUGGGGAUUUGCAGCCCCUCCUAACUCUACUCCAUGUUCAGCCCCACCUCCUUCUGCAAGGAGGACCUAAUCAUGUUACAAUCACUGCCUAAUGACCCUCCCUUAUCAACAGGAGCCUCCCUCUUUUUACUCAGGCAUCCCCUUCACUCUGCCUACAGACUUAAGUCUUGUAGCUUUGACCAAUGGUUGGAAGACCCAACACCUAAGUAUUGCUAAUUAGUGUGAUCAAGAACCACCUGAAUUAAGGAGCAGUUUGAACUCCCAGCUCCACUGUGUAAGAGACUUCCAGAGCCAGCUCUGAGUCUUGAAUGGCACCUCUCUAGAGUACAUAGCUUUCAAGUCCCUGGUGCCAGGAUGAUAGCCACCUCACUGUGGCCCAUUCUUAAUUGCUGCUAGUUCUAAAUCUGAUGAUGACCCUUGCCCUAUUAUUGCCCCAAAGCAUCAGCUAGGCCUUGUUACAAAAUGAAAGGUGAACCCCACUCUUCCCUUAAAACAAAGGGAGCUAAGCUGCAGUGUCACAUUGGACUUCUCAGCCUUCCAACUCCUCCCAGCUCCCAGAAUCCAGAUGUAAGCUUUGCAUGUUCAACUUCCUGGGAGAAAACCAACAGUCAGAAGGGUAUCUGUUGUCCCAUGCCCCAGCCCAUUCCUGGCCUCCUGAGCAGGUCCCUGGCUUUUCCUCAUCCUCUUCUACAGUGCCUGGUAGACAAGUGCUAUGUUGAAGAAUACAAAUCUCUUGUUAAAGACUUGUCCUGUAGUUUGGUAUUACAGAUGUGUUAUUAGUGCAAUAAGGUGAAGGCUGUCUGCCCAGAGAAAUACAUAAUUUAUAUAAGAAAAUAAAUUUCAUAAAUAAACUGCC